AUGUCUACCCCCACUGCCCCCUCUCUCAAAACGCACUUCACCACCCUCGCGCCCGCGCCCUUAGUAGCGCACAUCACCGAUUCCACAGGACACGCGAUCCUAUCGACGAGCAGCAGCGUCUCGCAGUCGCAGCAGCUGCAGUCGCUAUCGCACGCGUACCUCAGCGCGCACGACACCGCGUGCCGUAUGGGCCUUGGCGUGCCAAAGCGUAUCACUGUCGAGACGGUCCGCGGAGCGGUAGUGAUGCAGACCGGUACUGAGGUUGACGGUGCGCCACAUGGAGAUAUGGUUGUGGGCGUGGUACUCGCGCCGGAGGAGAGGAUGGCCGAGGCGAGAGUGGCGAGUUGGGGCGUGGAGGAGGUCGCCGCGAGAGUGGGAAGGGUCGUCGCCGAGGGGAGGAGGGCGAGGGGUUGA